AUGAAGCGGCCGGUUUCCCCUGCUGGAGAUGCAGAGGAAGAGAGCGUUGAUCGCAAAGCCAUUCGCAAAGCAUCCUCCUGGCAAACCUUCUCCAGCAGUGACCCUCUUUAUGCUCUAAUGGGCGAGGUCCAGGAGAAGAAAGUCGUGUCUGACGACGGAAAAGUUCACCAGGAAGAUUUGAAUCGCUACCUGCAGGUUCUGGUUCUGGAGCAGGCUGCGCAGAAGCCUAAAGACUGGGUUGAUGUUUGGGCAAAGAUGAACAUACCCGUGGACAGCCAGUCCAAGGUGCUUUCCGAGAUCAUUGCUUUUUGCUUGCACAAUGCACCUCCAGUGGGUGGUUUGGGAUCGGUCCUGGCUGAGCUCAUAAAAAACCAUCGUGUCAAGACAAAAGCCGUUGAGGACGCCGUGGAGUUUGCCAUGGCGCGAGGUCAAGACACUGGCGGCGUGCUACGACAAAUGCUCUUCAGCAUCUAUCCAAAAGGGCCGGACUCUAACUGGGGAUGGUCUCGUGUGGGCUGGAGCUGGCAGGAAUGGUGGAAGAUCUGUGAACGCACCAUUGGUUGCCUAGAUGAUCUUGCUGCCUUUGAUGAGAUGGGCCUUUUGUUGGAGCGGUUGGAGUCAGAAUCUGGUAAACCGCUGACUCAGCAGUCCGCCUGGUCUGAAGCCAGGCUAGCCAAGGUUCGUGAUUCUCUGUGCAAGUUCGCCAACAUGUCUGAAGCUGCGGACUUGCAAGCGUGUGUUGCGGCCAGUCUCACCAGCAAGACGCCGCAGUGA